UGAGUAAUUAUGUGAAUGAACAUUAAUUUCAAUCCAAAUUCAUUCUCACUACCAAACGGGCCGUGAAGGGUAUUUUUGUUCGUAGAUAGCUCGUACUUGAGUUGGGAAUUGGAAGGUGGUGACCGGUGAGUAGUGCUCCAGCUCCAGAAUAGGGAUAAUGGCGGCCACCGUAGUGUCUGCUGCUUCAGUGGUUGCAUCGGCCACCGUAAUUUCGAAGUUGCAACCUAUGCAAAUUCUGAGACUAUUUACUGCCUCUACUUGCAUAUCUACUUCUUCUUCUGCACCGUUAGGACUCCAAUCCCGCGGAAGGAGGAUGAUGAUGGUGCACUCUCUCAGCAGCAGCAGCCCUACAUUAGGACUCACUCAACCUGCUACUCUUGAACCUCUUCAGAUAUCAUUUGCGGUUAAAGAUAUUGAUGUGGCAGAAUGGAAAGGAGACCUGCUUGCUGUGGGUGUUACAGAGAAUGACAUGAGCAAGGAUGACAAUAUGAUUUUUCAAAAUUCUAUCUUAAAGAGGUUAGAUUCCCUACUCGGUGGUUUACUAACUGAAGCUUCUGUUGAGGAAGAUUUCACGGGCAAGACUGGCCAGUCCACUUUUCUUAGGCUUCACGGUUUUGGAUCCAAGAGGAUUGGUUUGAUCGGACUUGGUUCGAACCCUCCUUCGAUCCCAGCAUACCGUGCUCUUGGUGAAGCUCUUGCCUCUGCUGCUAAGACUGCACGAGCUCGUAAUAUUGCUGUCUUCCUUGCUUCUUCUGACCCCCUUUCCAACCUAAACACUGUCUCUGCCAUCACUUCUGGUACUAUUCUUGGAAUGCAUGAAGAUAACAGGUUUAAAUCAGACUCAAAGAAACCACUUCUUAAAUCUUUGGAUAUUAUUGGCCUUGGAACUGGCCUUGAUUUAGAAAAUAAGCUCAAAUCUGUUGAAGAUGUUUGUUCUGGAAUUAUAUUUGGAAGAGAGCUGGUUAAUGCACCUCCUAACGUACUCACACCUGGUGUACUUGCUGAAGAGGCUUCUAAGAUUGCCUCAAUGUACAGUGAUGUUCUGUUGGCAAAGAUUCUUAGUGUAGAGCAGUGCAAAGAACUGAAAAUGGGAUCUUACCUUGCGGUUGCUGCGGCUUCAGCAAAUCCACCUCACUUCAUUCAUCUAUGCUACAAACCUAGUGGGCCAGUAAAAACUAGAUUAGGGAUUGUUGGAAAAGGACUGACAUUUGACAGUGGGGGAUACAACAUUAAAACUGGACCUGGCUGUUCAAUUGAGCUAAUGAAGUUUGAUAUGGGCGGUUCAGCAGCAGUUUUAGGUGCAGCUAAAGCGAUUGGUCAAAUCAAGCCUGCUGGAGUUGAGGUUCAUUUUAUUGUUGCUGCCUGUGAAAAUAUGAUUAGUGGGACUGGUAUGCGGCCUGGAGAUAUAGUCACUGCUUCUAAUGGAAAGACAAUAGAGGUAAACAAUACCGAUGCAGAAGGUAGGCUUACUCUUGCAGAUGCUUUGGUGUACACUUGCAAUCAAGGUGUAGAGAAGAUAAUUGAUCUCGCAACAUUAACUGGAGCCUGUGUUGUUGCUUUGGGACCUUCCAUAGCAGGUGUCUUUACACCCAAUGACGCACUUGCCAAAGAGGUGUUUGCUGCAUCAGAAGCUACCGGAGAGAAAUUCUGGAGGAUGCCUUUGGAAGAAAGUUACUGGGACUCGAUGAAAUCAGGAGUGGCUGAUAUGGUUAACACCGGGGGGCGUCAAGGUGGUUCUAUCACCGCAGCUCUGUUUUUGAAACAGUUUGUGGAUGAGAAAGUUCAGUGGAUGCAUAUAGAUAUGGCUGGCCCAGUUUGGAAUGAAAAGAAACGUUCAGCAACAGGAUUUGGCGUAUCUACAUUGGUGGAGUGGGUUCUGAAAAAUUCAACCUCAUAGCGGUAUAAAGCGUUACUAGAAUGAUACUUUGGAGUAACUCACAGUUCAAGAGAGUUAUUUCGCUUUCAGCAUGACCAUCCCCUCAAUAUUACAAGUUGGUUGGAAUGCAGCCCCUUCCACACCCUAUCUUUCCGUUUUUUUCAAUAAAAUUCAUUUGUACUGAUGUUUUAUGGAACCUUUUUUUUUUUUCGUGCUCCACAGAAUCCAAAAGAAAAUAAGAAGUUAAUUGGGGUCUUUGAAAAGCAACAAACUUUUAUCCCAUAACUUGACCCACGCUAUAUAUUUUGUACUAAUUCUUUCACA